AUGCCCGGCCACCUACGCACAAGAUUAAAGCGUGUCCUCACGGCUGGCUCCCACAGGAGCGCAAAGCCAGAAGAGCCAGAGUCCGACUUUUACAAGCCUGGAGAGAAGAUGCCUCCGCUCAAGUACCGCCGUGCCGUCGACCCAGAGCACAAGAAGAAACUCGAGGCCUUUAACUUUUCCACUGCAUGGCGCCGACACAGCAACGCCUCGCUGUACUCACCUAUGGGAAGCAGGCUUCCUAGCCGUCGGAGCAGCUUUAGGCGACGCAGCCGCAGCCGCAGCAUGCACCGCAGCAGAAGGGGCAGCUGUGCCUCAGACUACGACCCUGAGUCUGAGUGGGUAGACAGCGGCAUUGGUGCCAGCAUUGCUGGCGACGACAGGCCCGCCAAUAUUAAGGAGGCAUCCGACGACGAAGGUGACGUUCUGAAUGUCGGCCUCUCUCGCAAUCCCACCGAGGAUCCUCGCGAUGCCCAUCGCAAGCAGUCACAAGGCGCUAUUCGAACUAGCGACGGCCGCCAAUCAUCGAGGCCUGCUACUGGAUCAGAUCGCACCCGUCAAGCUUCACAGCCAUUUUCGGCCGAAGAGCUCGAAAUGGCGCUACAGAGAUCGCACCUCGAGGCCACCAAGGAAGAAUCAGACAAGAGUGCAGGAGAGAGUCCAUUCGAAGACUUUGACGACCCGAGCCCAUUCCUGAGACCGCGUGGUGGAUCCAUCUACGUGCCAUACAACGGCCAAGGAACUCCGCCAAAGCUGCCUUUUUGGGGCACCGCGUACCCUUCGUGCGACGACGAGCUAUCGAGCGGCCACUUUUCGAGACGUGCCUCAGUAUUCCUCUCCAACGAAGGAUCGAGUACGCCACAAUACGAACGUAGCGGGUCCUACUUUGUGCCAAAAGACGCCUCGGGCCUCUCCCAAGCCCGCCGGGCCUCAGCCUCCAGCUCCGACGAGGACGAGUGCGUAUGCCCGCCUCCUGCUCCUGCUCCUGAGGAGCCGAAACGCAAAAUCCAGCCCUGCGCCCCUUGUGACGCUGUGGCUGCCAUUCUCGCCAGGCCCGAUUAA